UCAUUGAUUCAUUAUUGUGUGAGUUUGCUAAUGUUAUACUAGUUUGGUUUCUAUGGAAGCAAAAACUCACAUAGCCCUUGUUACUAUCCCUGUCUUUAGCCAUCAAGUUUCAUUGCUUGAGUUUGCUAAACGACUUAAUCAUCUCUACAAAAACUCAUUCCAAGUCACAUGCAUCAUUCCCACAAUUAGUGAUUCUCCAUCCAUAUCAUCCAAACACUACUUUGAUGACCUCCCUUCUAACAUACAAUGCAUUUUUCUUCCUCCAAUCAACUUUGAGGAUCUAAGGAGUGAAUCACUUGUGCUUGAAUCUCAAGUUCAAAUCGCGGUUACUCGAUCUAUGCCAUUAGUGUGUGAAACCUUAAGGUCAAUAAGUUCUAGCUCUAAUGUGGUUGCUCUAAUUGUUGAUUCAUUUGUACAUGAAGCACAUGAAUUUGCUAAGGAAUUAAACAUCUUAUCCUACAUUUACUUUCCUUGUUCGGCUAUGGUAUUAUCAAUGUGCCUAUACUCCUCAAAGCUUGACGAAACAAUUACUUGUGAGUACAAAGAUCAUCCCCAACCAAUAGAGAUUCCAGGUUGCAUGUCUGUUCAAGGCACAGAUCUCCCAGACAGUCUUCAAAACAGGUCCAGUUUAGCAUACAAGUUAUUUCUUCACCGCUCCCAACAACUUCGUCAAGCUGAUGGCAUCAUAAUCAAUAGCUUUCAUGAAAUGGAAUCAAAAGCAUUGAAAGCAAUAUCCCUUAUCUCUCCAAAAAAUCUAUAUGGUACCACCUUUGAUGUGUAUCCAGUUGGGCCCAUCAUACAAACAAGGCCAAAUAUUAAAAAACAUGCAUGUGAGUGUUGGUUAGAUAAUCAACAACCUAAGUCAGUUCUUUACAUUUCUUUUGGAAGUGGGGGCACACUUUCACAAGACCAAAUUAAUGAGCUUGCCUUGGGAUUGGAACUUAGCAACCAUAAAUUUUUAUGGGUUAAUGUCAGACCACCAAAUAAUAAAGCAACUGCUAGUUAUCUAAGCAAUGAAGAAAUGGACCCUUUACAUUUUUUACCUUUAGGAUUUUUACAAAGAACCAAAGGACAAGGUUUUGUUAUGUGUGGUUGGGCACCACAAGUUGAAGUCCUUAAACACAAAGCAAUUGGUGCAUUUUUAACUCAUUGUGGUUGGAAUUCAAUUUUGGAGAGUAUUGUUCAUGGUGUCCCAAUGAUAGCUUGGCCAUUAUUUGCUGAACAAAGAAGCAAUGCUGCAUUGGUAACUAAUGGCCUCAAGAUUGCUAUGAGGACAAAGUAUAAUAGCAAAGGCAUAGUGGUAAAGGAAGAAGUGGCUAAUAUUAUAAAGGGUAUCAUGGAGGGUUUGGAGAGUGGAGAAAUUCGAAGAAGAAUGAAAGAACUACAAAAGUUUGCUAAUUGUGCUAUUAUGGAAAAUGGGUCAUCCAUGAAGACCUUUUCUCUGUUGGCACUUAAAUGGAAGAGCUUGAGCAGGCCCAUAGAAGAUUGAUGGAUAGAGAAUUGCUCUUCUCACUUUUGAUUUUUCUUAUUCCCUUAAUUCAAUAUGAGUUAACUUACGCUUGACAUUUUUUCAACGUGAGUUAACUCACGCUGGCAAUUUUAAAAUCGGUUGAACCAACUUAAAAAAUAAUUGAAUCGGUCUUAAAAAUGUCAGCGUGAGUUAACUCACGCUGAAAAAUGCCAGGCGUGAGUUAACUCACACUAAAUUAAAGGAAUGAGCAAAAUCAAAAGCGAGAAGAGCAAUUUUCUGAUAGAUAUGGGCAAGUUUUGAAAAAUUUGGAAAAGCCCAUAGAUGAAUGAUGGAGAAUCAUAAUGUGGUCCAAAUAAGUUUUGGUCAUUAGACAAUGUUUUAAUCUUAAUUAUUUGUAUGUUUCACGAUGUUUAAUAACUUUUUUCUUACAUAAUUUUCAAUCGAAUGUAUAAUGGUCAUGUUCAGCCAAAAAUAAAAAUUGUCUUAUGUAGCAUA